CCGCCAACGAAAAGACUCGGCUUCGUUCUCUGAUAAAAAGAACGUCAACUUCGCCACAAAUUAUCAAAAUAGAAUAAAUAAAUAAAUCAUUUAUUGUAAUUUAGAACAACAAAAGGUGCGUUCAAACGGAACUAGUCAUAGAAACAAUGAAUGACAGUUACUUCGACAAUCUGAGCGACGUGGAAUUACGUCAGGAACUUAGCAAAUAUGGAAUACCAGCUGUACCCAUUGUCGAGACUACGAGAAAUUUGCUAAUCAAAAAAUUAAAGCAUCACGUUCGAAAUAGCAACGGUGCAACGUCUAGCCCGAAAACCAAUAGGAGAAGCCUGCAGACACCGACCUCGGCGCCAGCAUCAACAAAACGUAAUGCCUCUCCCGGCAGGAGACGAACGGUGAAUUCAUUUUCUCGCGCCAACAACGGCCCCACCACAGUGAUGGCAAAUGAUUCGUCGUACACAAAUGAAAUGUCUGUCCCUGACUACAAUCGUCCAGAAGUAGUCAUUGAGCGCAGACAACACCACUAUCUCUCCAAUGAGGGUGUAUCGCAUUUAUACAAGGACUAUGGCAACAGUAGCCCCACGGUUGGCUACGGCGAAAGAAAUAAGAAUUUGCCACAGCAUAACAUGAAGACUUCCCCCAAAAUCUAUCUGCCACCUCCAAUAGUUGCCAACGAUGCCCAACCACGGCGUCCUGCCCCACCAAAGCGUAUUGGUGAAUCUCCAAGACUUCGCGAAGUGGAAAGGGUGCCGCUGCAUCAUAAUGCAGGGGAAUCUUCUGGAGUGGUGAGUCGUCUAUUAAAGCUGAGGGACAAAUCAUUGCGAGGUUCUCUUCCUGCCACCUCAUCGCUGCUAUCGUCAUCAACCACCUAUGCUGCCAGAAAUCAUUUGUAUUCAACUGAUUCGGACUCGGACAGCAGCCCCACCAGAUACUCUAUGAACAGAAGAAACUACAAUAAGAAAACUGUGCCCGAAAUAAUCUGGAGCAAAAUAAAUCUCAAGGAAAAAUGGAAGCAAUCCUCAGUGCCAUACCUUUUGAUGACUUGUCUGGGCUUGUUUUUCGUGCUGUUAGCAAUACUCUAUAUGACCAAGCCACCAGAUAUGCCCAGCACAAUGCUGGAAAAGAGUACCUCAUUUACUUUGUGUGAACAAGAACAAAAUUGGCCGGAGACAACCACUGGCAUGGCCAGGCCCUAUAUCGAUUGCAUUACUAAUGAGGCCAUAGCCCCCUCUUUAGCAUUAUGCAAAGAACUCAUACAGCUAUUGCAGGCCAACACCGAAGUGCAUUAUUGCCAAGACAGACAACAGAGUCCUGAGGUUGCGGUCACCGAUUUCAUUAAACACUUGUACAAAAAACGCAUUGCCGAUGGGCAUAAGCUGCUGAAAAGCUUCCAUGCUGCCCUCUAUCUCAUAGAGCACAAUCCCCAAUGGAAGAUACAAGUACUCAACAAGCCCGAAGGCCCAGAAUUGUUGGACAUUUACAAACACGAUGUGCGUUUUGUGCUACUCAAACCAUAUCUGCCGUUGAAGUGUGUCCUGUAUAACAAAUUGCAAAGAUUCCUUUUCAUCAUAGGCACCAUAUUCAUAAUAGCCUUGAUUUUGAUUGUUGUCUUUGCCAUAUGGCGUUGGGUGAGCCAAAGAAAACUUAACCAGCAACGGGCUGUGGAAAAUUUCUGCAAGGAAAUCAUUAAGGAGCUAACGCAAAGGAGUUCAAUGAAAAACGACACUGGCGAGUUAAUAAUCAACCAUUUAAGAGACAAAUUGCUGCCCAUCAAUAAAAGGAAAGCCUUACUAUGGGCCUGGAACGAGGCAAUACACAAAUUGGAAUCCAGCGACAGCCGCAUACAGUUUGGUUCGAUUUUACAGAAUGGCGAAGAAUUUCGUACCAUGAAAUGGUGUGAAUCGGUUAUGUCUACAUCGGCUUCGUCCUCUUCUUCACUGUCUACAUCGUUUUCGCACCAGGACAAGUACGAGGGCAAACCACCCAAGAAACAUUGGCAAAGCCCCGCCUUCGAUAAUGUCAACAGAAUAUUGGAUCCUCCCACAAAUUGCUUGAAAAUUCGUCACAUGUUCGAUGCCGCUGAGGCAAAUCAACCUGAUCUAAGACAAGCAAUUAUUGAAUCGAUUUUGGAGAAAGUGGGACCCCAAUGCCAGAUCUAUGACAUACAGCUGGACCGUCAAUAUUGUUGUGUGUACAUACGUUGCGCCAGUGAAAGAGAUGCUGGCAUUAUACACAAUGAAAUAAAUGGCUGGUGGUUUGAUAAUCGUUUGGUUUCCAUCAAGUUCUUGCGAUUGCAACGUUUCCUGACACGAUUUCCCAACUCAACCGGCUCAACCAUGUUAACAAUUAAGAAUUCAAAAUGAUAGCAGUUAUUUUUGUAAAUACAGUUCAAACAUCGAUGAUACUUAGGAGUAGAGUGAAUCGAAAUUAUAAAACAGGGUUCCCAUUUCUUUUUUUCUUCUCUUAACAAAAGGAAAAUGUUGAGUUUUUGCAUAUAGAAAAUAAAAAACAUAAAAAAAUUAACAAAUCUGCAGAAUUUGCAACAAUUUUUUACACAAUUUCAAAUAUUUACGUUAACUUAUUUUAGCAAUAACAAAAAAUAGAGCAACCU